UUAAAAAGUGGGACCAUGGUGUCGGAAGUCCUUCACGCUUUUAUAUAUAGCCACGCCAUCUACUCCAUCCCUAUCCUACCCAAAGCGGCUCUACUCUUCGCUUCCUUCCUUUCUCCUCAAACCAUCCCCUCCUCCAUGUCGAUGCUUUACUUACCUGCAAAACCCCAAGUACCCCGCCGGAAAACCAGGUUCCGGAAACGCUGCUUUCUAAUGGCUAAGCAGCAGAAAACCCGGUUCUACAUCCUCGGACGUUGCAUCUCUAUGCUCUUGUGCUGGCACGACCACGAUCUCUCGGAUUAGCUUCCAAGUUGCUCGCUUUUUAAUGCUGUCGUAUGCUGCAACCCAAAUUAAUUGGUUGUCGAAAAGUUGCAGAACCAGCGCGCGGACAUGUUCCUGCUCUUUCGAAGUCUCAAGAUGCAGAAGAUCGAUCAAUAAAGGAAGAUUUGGAACGAACUUGUAUAUAUAUACAGAGUUAGUAACAGAGAAUCCAGUCUCGGAGCUAAACACUGUUAGAUAGUUCAUGGAGCUAGACACCCAGUUUUUUCUCUUUAAUUUUCUUUCUUGGUUUCAAUUUACAGUGUCGUUUAAGGGCAUCCCUGUUUCAAAGUUUUGGUGGGUAGUAUUGGAUUUGUAUACCCUUUUCCGAUUCAAUCAAAGAGAAAGAAAAAGAAAGAGAAACGAAGUUAGUACCA